CAGACCUCACUCGGGCGAGCGGUUCCCUCUAUCAUGUCCGGACGCGGGAAGCAGGGCGGCAAGGCGCGCGCCAAGGCCAAGACGCGCUCGUCGCGGGCCGGGCUGCAGUUCCCCGUGGGCCGCGUGCACCGCCUGCUCCGCAAGGGCAACUACGCCGAGCGGGUGGGCGCCGGCGCGCCCGUGUACCUGGCGGCCGUGCUGGAGUACCUGACGGCCGAGAUCCUGGAGCUGGCGGGCAACGCGGCGCGCGACAACAAGAAGACGCGCAUCAUCCCGCGCCACCUGCAGCUGGCCAUCCGCAACGACGAGGAGCUCAACAAGCUGCUGGGCAAGGUCACGAUCGCGCAGGGCGGCGUGCUGCCCAACAUCCAGGCCGUGCUGCUGCCCAAGAAGACCGAGAGCCACCACAAGGCCAAGGGCAAGUAAACCCGCAGUGGAGAGCAACGCAUUCGAAACCAAAGGCUCUUUUCAGGGCCACUUAA